ACUGUGCUGGGAAUUAACGUUAACUCAACCGCCCCUUCCUCAACGGAUUUUUUUUCUUUCUCUACAACGGCUUCUUUUUGGCUGUUUUUUUUUUUUUUUUUUUCCCCUCUCUCAAGUCAUGUGAUCGUAACGUAAAACCCCUAACCGGAAAACACCGACGGACGACCCUCUUCGUCUCCUCCGCCGCGCCGACGACGAAUGCAGCGUUUACGAGGAACACAGUCGCGGCAGCUGCAGAGAGCAGAGAGAGACGCAGGCGAGAGUCUCCGUUAACAGCAACACGAACCAGCGGGACCAGAGCCCCGGAGCCCCGUGGAGCAGGUUGAAGAAUGGAGUUGGCCAACCAUGGUCUUAUCCUGCUGCAACAGCUUAACGCUCAGAGGGAGUUUGGCUUCCUGUGCGACUGCACUGUGGCUAUAGGAGAUGUCUUCUUUAAAGCCCACAAAGCUGUCCUCGCUGCCUUCUCCAACUACUUCAGAAUGCUCUUUAUUCACCAGGACAGUGAUUGUGUCCGUCUGAAAGCUGCUGACAUACAGCCGGACAUCUUCAGCUACCUCCUCAACCUGAUGUACACAGGCAAGCUGGCACCCCAGCUGAUAGACCCUGCGCGCCUGGAGCAGGGGGUCAGAUUCCUGCAUGCCUAUCCACUCUUGCAAGAGGCCAGCCAGUCGGCGUAUUCCCAUCCUGAGCAGAGCAUCAACCUCUCCACAUCCCUUUAUGGGAUUCAGAUCUCUGACCAGCAGGUGGCGCUGUCAGGCAGAACACCCACUCAGCGUCAGCUCUCCUCGCCUUUUGACAUGGAUCAGGUCAGUUCAGAGGGGAAGUUCCCGUCCAAACUUGCAACUUCAAUUGCAAAUUACUUACAGCCCAAGGAUGAUUCCUCGCCUCCUGAUGUUGGGGCGUCCACCAGCGGCAGUAAGCCUGAGGAAGGGGGAAUGGACUUAGUAAACGCAGAUGGCUCCUCAGUCAGUGCCAUUCUUCAUGUAAAGCCCAGCAUCAUGAGAAGGAAUUCCUCCUUCAGGAAGCAUUACUCCUGUCAUCUGUGCAGGACCAGAUUCACCCAGAGAAGUCUGCUGAGAGAGCACCUCCUACAGCACGCCCAGGUUAUUCACCAGUCACCAACAGAGCCCAUCAAUGCACACUCGCCUGUAAUAGUUGGAGAGCAGAGCAUGUCGCUAGAAGGGGCUCUUAAGGAAAACAAGGUGGGGUCAAGCGCGUCAGUUGCAGCUACAGCAGUGGAGGUCAUCAGUGACAGCGAGCAAACUCCUGUUUCAGGUACCACCUCAGACUCUCCCCAAGCAGAAGUGUCCACUUCUACCUGGGGAGUGGGAGGAAUGAAUUCUCAGGCAGACACGCCACCUCCUUCGGAUAUCGCAGACAUCGACAACCUUGAGAAUGCUGACCUGGACAGAGAAGUGAAGCGGCGGAAGUACGAGUGCUCAACCUGCGGGCGCAAGUUUAUCCAGAAGAGCCACUGGCGCGAACACAUGUACAUCCACACGGGAAAACCCUUCAAGUGCAGCGCUUGCGGAAAGAGCUUUUGCCGUGCCAACCAGGCGGCCCGUCAUGUGUGCCUAAACCAAGGCGCCGACUCCUACACCAUGGUGGACCGACAGAGCAUGGAAUUGUGCGCGGCAGGGGACGACAGCAGCCAGAUGGAGGCGAUGUUCCUGGGCUCUUCAAAGCCUUACAAGUGUAACAUAUGUGCAACCACCUUCUCCAGCCCUAGUGAGGUGAUCAAACACCUGUGCUUCUCCCAGGGGGGAUUAGUGGGGCUGCAGGGGAACACAGGUGCAGGCAUGCUGCUCCAGCGUGAAGAAUUUUCCAAAGAUGAAGGCUCUGAUUUGUCAAACUCUGGCACCCCACUAGAACCAAUCAAGACUGAGGAAAUCCUCGUAGAAUAGUGCCAAAACUGUGUUUUAGUCCCUUUUUUAAGGUGUGUUUGUCAUCUAAAUUAUGGGUAACAAGUAAGCUAAAUAUGAAGUUAGUCAGGGUAUGUUCAUUAGAGGUUGUUAAUCUAAAACUUUAUUUUAUGAUACAUUGGUUUGAAUUAUUUUCCUGGCCUUGGAAGUGUAGCUCUCUCUAUACAUUUCAUAUAAAAAAAAAACCACAACAAACAUUUGAAUGAAUACUAUAUGGUGUAUAACAAUGUUAAACCAUUUUUUAGUUUUUGCACCCAUGGGUGGUAGGCUCUACCAUGACAAGCUCUACCUUGGUCGUGCUGCUGCACACAGUUGUCAGCAUAAAAGGAAGAGGAAGCUGCGGCGGUUCCGGCCGAGAUGAUAUGUUGCGAGAGUAAUUGGCUUUGUUAGAUAUGUGAAGGCGAAACAGGUCAAAUUUGCAGCUAAAAAGCACACAAACCUGAGACAAUCUAUGCUCUUAUUGGAGUAGAUUCUCAAUAUGCAUCAAAAUACAUCCGUCUUCCAUUAUUAUAAUUCAGUUGACGAUUCAGCUGAAUGAAGACCUUGAUAUGUAAUGUAAUGACCAGUUCCUGUGUCUUUUUCAGCAGCAGUGCAGUUGUUUCAGUUUGUGUUUUGUGGAGUAUGCUAAGUGGGAUUGUGGUUCCUGUCUCCUUCCUGUCACUUCAUAUCACAGCACAAUUGUUGUGAAAGGCAAGUGUUUGGCCACUGAGAGCCUGUCACAAAGAUCUUAAAUGUUUGUUGUCUCCGUUUGAGUUACCUUGAUUUUUCUUGAUUUCCCUCAUUGUUGGUUGUUGUGCAUGUUACUUGUUAAAUAACUCGGUUUAUUGAUUGAGGAAUCAACACGUUCCAUCCAGACGCAUACCUCAAUGAGAGGAUGUCCUGUUGAAUAUUGUCUUUUUUUUUGCCUAAGUCUACAUCUAAUACUAGAUGUUUAAAGUUGUUUUUCUUACAUGCUCUAAUUUUAUACAUGCUAUAUUUGUAAAAGGAAAAAAUCAUUAUAUUUCAAAGAUCUAGGUAUAUUAGGAGAUGAAUAGCUUUCGAAGUAGGUAUACACUUGCCUUAGCAAAUUUUAACAUUUUAAAGAUGACAUAAUGUAUCUUGAAUUUGUCCAAUACGUUAUUAUUCAAAAGCCUGGUAUUUAAAGUUUUUCUCUUUUUUUCUUGCCAAAUUUGUACUAACUGGUAACCUUCAUACUGUCUAAAGGGAAAUGUUUUUUUUUUUGUUUUCUUUUUUUUUCUUAUAUUUUAAGGACCUUCCCACAUUUCUGUUCUUCAGCUCUGCUUAUACUAAAAAAGGCAACUAGUGGAUGCAAAAGUUGUCAUCGACAGUCUAAAAACUUAACUGGGUUUUGUGGGGGUCGUGUUAAAUGUAAAUAUGAAAGCAGCAGGGUGGUGUACAUGUGUUCUUUUUAGGGAUAUAAAAGAUGCUGUUUAUUAUGUCGUACAGCAUCAAUUGUUUGGGAUACCAGAAAACCUUUCUACUGUAUGUACUACUGAUGACUGGAACUCAUGGACAUCUUUCAUUUACAGUAUGUUGAAUAAAUGUGAAGCUUGGAAAGUGUAUUUGUUAUGUAAUUUGGAGUAUGUGCGAUAGUAGCUCCAAGGUAUCAUUUGAAUGGUAAACAAUACCUGUCUUCAUUUCUCUGUUUCAGAGAAGUCAAGACAGAAGCUUUUCUGUUUCUUUUACUCUUGUGUUUAUUAGAUUUGGAUAAUGAAGUGAAGUAACAGCAUUUUUUUUUAUGUAUUUAUUUUUUUAUUUGAGUUAUGAAUCGCUUCAAAAUGGCCUUUUACUUCAGAAACUAAAUUGUUUUGCAGCUUCCCACUCUGUGAGAUCUUGAGGAUACUCUGUAUUGUAUUAAUUCUUCAUAAUUAAAUUGUCAUCCAAGGGACAGUUAAUCUAACUCUUCUGUAAAACAAGCAACUAAGCUGAGUUUUAUUGACCAGCAUUCAUAAUCAUUGAGGAUUAAUUUAUAAAAGUUUCAUAAAAGAAAAUGCAAAUGUGCCAAUUGAGCUUUCAUGCAGAAUCUUUAUAAAUACAUUUUUGUCCUCAGAAAUUUGAAUUGAAGUACAUUUGUAUGAGAACUUUUUUUUCUUUUUUUUUUUUUCCAAACCAGUUUUGUCUUUGAAUUAUCCCAGUAUUUCGCUAGGGGGAGCUCGUUUUCAUUUCCUGCUCAGGACAACAGAGUGAGAAAGCUGUCACUUUUUAGCAGGUGGUAUGUUACCAGUUAUAUGAGCUGCUUUUACAUGAAUCCAUAGGUGGUCAAAUUAUUAUAAAAAGCAGCAAACUAUAAGUACAUGCAGUUGCAAGUAUUCGGUGAUGAACAUUUUGAGUUUGUCUUUUCAUGUGAGGCAAAGUCUUGUACUACUGAGCUGAAAGUGAGUCACAGAAGUGUGUGUGUGCCAGUUUAUAUCUUUUAACAAAUCAAGCUGGAUCUGUUUUUCUCACUCAUCUUGUAACUUAAUCACUGUGUUUGGGUUUUAUAAACAGCUGAGUCUCUCAGAGAUAGGAAAUCCUUGAUGUUGGUGAUCAAUGAUCAUUUCCAGACUAUUAGCGACCUCACAUAGAACUUGUGUACAGAAGGUUUCCCUCUUUCAGUUCACAUCUGACUUUUACUGUUCUGAUUUGUGAUCUCAGGAAUGUGAGUAUUUUUAUUGUAUAAAAGUUAUUUGGCAGUGAAAAAAAACAAAACAAUAAAAACAUGUCUUUAGA